AUGGACCAAAUCUGUGCUCAGCGCAGAUGCCCCCCCACUGCCGCCACGCCCAAAAGAAAGGCCGAAGGGGGUGCUAAAGGAGAUAAGGCCAAGGUGAAGGACGAGCCACAGAGAAGAUCUGCAAGGUUGUCUGCCAAACCUGCUCCUCCAGAGCCAGAGCCCAAGUCUAAGAAGGGAGAGAGGGAGACCAAGGGACAAGAGGGGAAAGCUGAUGCCGGUAAGGACACCAAUAACCCUGCGGAAGAUGGAAAUGACAAAACAGACCAGGCACAGAAAGCCGAAGGUGCUGGAGAUGCCAAGUGA